AGGUCUCCUCCAGCGGCUGAUGAUGCUGAAGUUGAAGGUGCAACAGUUAUACAGGGAAGCUGCAAAAUGGAUCCAGAAUUGACCAGUGCUCAGCUAAGCCGGCCUCGCCCAACUUCUGCACCAAGUACACCCACAAAAAUGAUGAAUGGCCAUAUUGGUGUUUCAGACACAGUUUCUGUUCUCACCACACCUUUAAAGCGUACUGUAUGUACACGUAGUCAGGCAAUAAAGGCAUUACAAAUUGAUUUAUCGCCCACUUCCCACAAUAAUGCAUCAGUUUCCUCAAGAGCCUCAAAAAGUUUAGAAUUAACUCAAUGUCCUAGCCAGGUUGCUGCGACAUCCUCAGAUCCUGUCCUGUCUACAGUAUUGUCUCGAUCCACUACACCUACCUCCUCAUUACCUAUAUCUGCAGAAGAUGGCACUAGUCCUCUCACAGGUCCACCAACACCCCACAAGAUUCAGGCACUUAAUGAGGAGAGAUUACGACUUGAUUCCCCACUUUCACCAUCAUCUGCCCUAUCCAAACUCAAGCUAUCAGUCGCACCAAAGAAGCUUACAUUCAAUGGCAAACCUACCAAAGCAAGAAAAAAG